AUGACCCAGCAGGACAACAAAUUCUGCUAUUUAAAGAGAAGACGAAGUGACAAGGGUCCGAUUGGAGUUAUGACGACCAGUGCUGGUGCUCCAAUAGAAUACAAAGACGCUACAGUCACCCUCAACUCUAAUCUUAUAUUUAAUGAAUACUUUAUGGAUUCGUUAACACAUCUUGUACGAGAGCGAAUACCAGAACGUCUUGUUCAUGCGAAAGCAGGCGGCGCUUUCGGUUACUUCGAAGUAACCCAUGAUAUAACUCACAUUUGCAAAGCCAAACUUUUUAGCAGAGUUGGCAAAAAAACACCAGUAGCAGUAAGAUUCUCUCCAGUUGUUGUUGAAAGAGGUGGGAUAGAUACUUCCAGAGAUGCUAGAGGAUUUGCUGUCAAGUUUUACACUGAAGAAGGUAAUUUCGACAUUGUAGGCUUCAAUACACCGAUGUACGUCUACAAAGACCCUCUUCUGUUCUCCACCUUUGUUAGAGCACAGAAGAGAAAUCCAGCUACAAAUCUCAUCGAUGGGAACAUGCUGUGGGAUUUCUUGACGCUGCGACCAGAAAGUUUGCAUAUGUUUCUCUUAGUUUUUGGUGAUCGAGGAAUUCCAGAUGGAUAUCGUCAUAUGCCUGGCUUUGGUAUACACACAUUUGAAGUCGUCAACGAACAUGGAGAAAAAAGUUUUGUUAGAUUUCAUUUUACACCAAAUGCGGGAAUUAAAAAUCUUAGAUCUGAUGAAGCGAUGAAAAUAGCAGCAGUCGAUCCAGAUUAUGCUACAAGAGAUUUAUAUAGAGCUAUAGGUAAUGGAGAUUUCCCUAGUUGGAAAGUUAGUGUACAAGUUUUAUCCCUUCAUGACGUGAAAAAUGCUGGUUUUGAUGUUUUUGAUGUGACCAGAGUUUUGCCUUUAGACGAUUAUCCAUUGAAACCUGUUGGUGUGUUUGUUUUAAAUAAAAAUGCAAUAAAUUAUUUCGCUGAAAUAGAACAGUUAGCUUUUAGUCCUGCAAAUUUAGUGCCAGGAAUUUUGGGAGGACCUGAUAAGGUUUUCGAGGCACGUCGUUUAGCUUACCGCGAUGCCCAGUAUUACCGAUUGGGUGCUAACUUUAACAGAAUCCCUGUGAAUUGUCCUGUUCAAGUGAAAGUCCUGGCUUACAAUCGUGAUGGUAGACCUCCAGUCAAAGAUAAUGAAAGAGAUACACCUAAUUAUUAUCCGAAUUCGUAUAACGGUGCUGCAGCAUAUGUGGAUAAGAAAAGAGCAGAGUUAAUAGAAAUAUACCAAGAUGACCCAAAUAAUUUCAAUCAAGCUACGGAAUUGUACGUGAACGAGAUGACAAAGGAUGAACGAAGUCGUCUUGUUGAAAAUAUACUUUACAGUUUAGGAGGUACGGCAAAAUUCUUACAGGAAAGAGCUGUCAAACUAUUUUCUAUUAUACAUCCAGAUUUAGGAGAUCGAAUAGCAGAAGGUCUAGCGUCAAACAGAACAAAACAUUAUCAUUAUGAUGAUGGAUAUUUUGUUUAUUAAAAUAAUAAGAGACUAUAUUUUGAAUUAUAUUCUAUUAAAAAA